AUGCGCGGACCGAAUGCCCUCGCACUCGACAAGCAAGAGUCCAUCGACCACGACUUUCUCGGCUCGGCACGCCAUGCCAGUGAAGCAAGAGAGUAUAUUGAGUCCGAACUUCAGUGCAACCUGGCACUUUCCCACGAUAGGCGGACUGCGCUAGAGACGGCUCGGAAGUUUGUUGGUCAGCUGUCAAACCCCGGUCUUCAGCGACAUGAAGCUGGCCUAAUUGAGGAUACUGAGAUUGAUGGGACCUGGACACCACCAACCCUCACUCCCGAGUUUUUGCACAUGAUGCUGCCAGGUCGCGAUCGAAAAACCAACUCCCAGACUAUCUCCUGGCCCGACCAUAUUUCCGAUAAGACUUUGGAACGAAUGGGACUUGCGAUUAUAGAACGAAGAGAAAGCGAGCCAAUCCUUCAGCUAUAUCGGAUCAACGUCUGGGUCAAGGCAGUUUGCUUCAUAUCAGCAUUGGCACCUAUGAUCUCCAGCGAGCCGCUCAAGGUUCACUUUAGAAGACUCAAGAAGCAAUACGAAUUAUCCGCGAUCGACGAACUGAACUCUAUACCCCUCACAGCUCCUCCGAGUCUGGCAUUUCUUCAGGCAUUACUUUCUGGGAAACGAUUGUACCAGUAUCUAGGAAACAUGUCAUGGUGUUGGAUGUUCACGGCUACCGCAUCUCGAAUUCUUGUCGCUCUCAAUUACCACAAUAUCACGGAUACAGAGCCUCGAAACGAUGAGGAAGACGACAUCCACGCCUGCGUAUACACGUGUUAUUAUUUUGACAAGACUCUCAGCCUGCUGCUUCUUCGGCCUCAAUCUUUGCCAGAUCUCAAGGUCGAUCCAGCACAGUUGAUACAUAUGGAUCCCGAGCUUCCGACAACACCCAUGAUAACAGCGAUUGUGAAAUUCUCACACUUGAAGAACACACUCGUCAAUAUUCUUCUCGAUACCAAGGAGAUGAGGGACAUGGAGAAAGCAAGUAUCCUGUCAGACCUUGUCGCCCAAGCGCACGCGAUACACUCGAGUUUCCAAAUACGACGGAGCCGUCAAGAAGUGGAGUUUCCCGACUCCUGGGAGAUGCUCCGGCGCGAAUGGCUAUCGAUGGAUUUCAAUUAUUACUCCUUCAUCACCACAAUCAUUCGAGCGCGAUCAGCAGUCCUCAAAUCUCGCCUGGUCUGUGAGGACUGCCUCUACGCCGCUCGAAAGGCUUUGACUACCCUCCGAGCUCUACAAGAAGCUUUUUCAAACAGUAUCACGACCAUCGAUAGUUACCCGACAAUGCUUCUGUUCCCCUUGUCUCCCUUCUUUGUUCUAUUCUGCAAUAUUGUCGCAACAUCAGAUCAGCGAGACUUUGAAAUGAUCAAGAACAUCACCGAUGAUCUACGCCAAUUCAUCAAGGCGAAUGCCUCGAUUGGCAAGCUUUAUGGCCUUUUUUCAAGGUUUCUUGAACUGUGUACCCCACUGAUCAAACCAGAUCAUGGCAUGCUUGAGUCGAUGUCUGUGUUUCCGGUUGAUGGAAAAAUUAUUCAAGUAAACUCUUACGCAGACGUAUACAGGCGCUCCGGUGAUCAAGUAGCGCAUCCACUUCCCGGUUCCAUUUCUGGCAGGGCAGAGUCGGGUAUGGGACAAGGACAAUCCGAAGAGCCGCAGUCCGCGGAGGGUUGGAAUGAUAGUCUGAUGUGGGAGGUGUUUGAUAAUCAGCCUUCGCUGGGGUGGGCAGAGUCAGAGGUGCGGGAUGCCAUGGCUCGAUUGGAUGCAUCAUAG